UGUAGUCUAAGAAUUGUCAAUUGCGUUGGCUGUGUUGUUAUAUAAUAACGUAUCCAACAGAUUUUAACGUACCCAGAACGUACAUUGUCCAAUGACGGGAAAUAUCAGUGUCAGAGAAUACGAGGACAAAGACUACAAAAGUGUUCUCCAACUCAUCGUUUCAAUUCAGCGCGAAGAGUUCGGAAUCCCAAUUACAGCAGAAGAACAGCCAGAUUUGCAUGAUAUCCACGGCUUUUAUCAAACGGGCCGAGGAAAUUUCUGGGUCGCAUGUGAUAAUGGAAAUAUAGUCGCUACAGUUGGAGUCAAAGAUAUGGGCAAUGAAGAAGUGGCACUUCGAAAACUUUUUGUGAGUUCCCCGUAUCGCGGUGCUCAGUAUGGAACUUCCAAUUUGUUGCUGCAGACUGUUUUUGAUUUUUGUCAGAAGCACGGAAUUCGGCGGUUGUACCUAGGAACAACAGACGUAUUUGCCCGCGCCAUUAACUUUUACAAGAAGAGAGGGUUCAAACAAAUAGAAGAGUCAUCCUUGCCUAGUACGUUUCCUCGGCUAACAGUCGACACAAUCUUCUUCACCCACGAGUUUCCGAAACCAUCAGAAGAACAGCAUUAGUAUCCGUAACAGCAUCCUCAACCCGUCCCUCACUCUGUCCCCGCUGACGUCUUGCAAAUGCCCAACCUGUAAUGUAAAUAACAUUAAAACUGUCUAACAAAACCUAUCUUUUUUUACCUUUUAACGUAUCCGAGAGAAACAGUUACCAAUAGUGUGUGAGAAUUAGAAUACUCACCCUCCGUUUGGCUCUCUGCCUUGCCAAAACAACAAAUAUUUUUACGUUCUGAGAAAGUUCAGAACACCGGAACAGUAAUCAAUGUAACUGGAGACACGCUCGACUUCCUCGGUAUGGGCAUUUUUCCAGCGCUCAAGGGCAAUGCGCACUUGUCCCAUACCGUCCUCUCGAGAUUGCAUUACAAGAACAUCCUCAUGAGCCUUUAAGAACGUAGCCAUGUACGCCUCCACAAGUUCCACGUCCAAACGUUGGAGGAGUCGUUCUGUCAUCGCUUGGAUGAAAGCCACAAACUCUUGGUAUGGCGGGAAGGCAGACAGUGAACGAAUUUCCAAAUCAACCUUCGCGAUAGGAAGUCGCUUCAUAAAUUCAACAAGCUGGCUACAAUUGCCGGAAAGCAGCAAUUGCGUAAAUUGAGUGGCCUCCAAAGGAAGCGAACUCACUGUAGUGGAAACACUUGUUUCGUUUUUAGUGUUGUUAAGAGGUGUAAGGGUAGCAUUCUCAGCGAGUUCUUUCGCAGAAGGCAAAAAGAAAGGAGCCUUUUCCGGUGCCUUAGGUGCCUCCUUGGGCUUGUUACGAGCUUUAAUAAGAUCGAUAUUUACAAGCGUUUGAAAUUGCACACGUGG